AUGCCUCACCACGGUCGAGCCCUUCCUUCCCCCGCAGUGUCCCGAUCAUCACUGAAUCGCGGAUUCUACGCACCAGAUGUCCCUCUCAACAUAGUGCCGGAAGUACCCCUGGACAGACAGGAGCGUGCAUUCGAGCAGUAUGGCAACACCUCGACAUACAACCUGGAAAACGUGCUGCGGCAAAACAUCCUGACCUCCACCUACUACCAGAAAACAGCCGUCCCCAUCGAGCAGUGGCAGGAUCUGGUGGAUGAAAUCUACUACAGCGUGGACCAUGUGGAGCCCUGGAUGAGCGGGAACGCGCGAGGGCCCUCCACGGCCUUCAACCUGCUGUACCGACUGGGUCAAUUGAAGCCCACCCCCAAGGAGCUGCGCAUGAUGCUGGACCACAAGGACUCGCCCUACAUCAGAGCGGUGGGAUUCCUGUACCUGCGCUACACAUGCAACCCCCGGUACCUCUGGGAGUGGGUCAAGGACUAUCUCGAGGAUGCUGAGGAAUUCACACCCAGCCCCCCAGGGUGGGGCCACUCGGUGACCAUGGGCUGCUUCCUACGGGACAUCCUUCUUGAUCAGUACUACUUUGAGACCAUCUUCCCGCGCAUCCCGACCAAGGUCACCGACGAGGUGCUGGCGGGGCUCAAGGCGCGGGGCCUGCCGUGCAAGGCGCUGGGCAACGCGGGGCAGGGUGGCGAGGACCGGCGCGGCAUCGCCGAGUCCGCCGCGCGCCCCGCCUCGGUGAAGCAGUCGCUGAGCGUGGCCAUGGGCCAGCGCGCGCCCAACCGCGCCUCGGCCCGCGAGCUGGGCCGCGGGACGGGGGCCGACCUGCAGCUGGAGCAGGUGAUGAAGAGGAAGGAGAGGGCCUCCCCCGUGCGCGGGGCAGAGAGGAGGGAGGCCAGGUCGCGGUCGCGGUCGCCGCGCGGCGCACCCGUCGCCAGGUGCGCUGGGCGUGCAGCGUGGGGACUGGCGGCGUCGUGCUGCCGGGGAUGUCACCCAGGGGAUGUUGAGUCGCUGAUGAGCGGCAGCGUCGGGGCUUCUGCGGUGCGCGGGCCCAUGAUCCCCCCCUGCUGA